AUGUAUUAAUAGAAUUAGUUUAACUAAAUAAAUGUCGGCACAAUAAUAUCAGCACCUUCAGGAUAGUAUCCUAAUAGAUAGUUUAAAUUAUCAAAACUCUUAGGAUAAGGAUCAGAGGGUAGUGUUUAUGAAGCAAUUCCAAUAAAUUGGGGUUAAAAUUAGAAUAAAGUUGCUUUAAAAUUCUCAACUAUUAUUAAGGAUAAUGCAAAAUAGUUUUAUAAACAAAUUAUAGACUAUUAGAAUAAAAAUGAAAAUUAUAAUAGCUCUAAUUAUUAAGCUUCAAACAUUAUAAGAAUUCAUGAUUUUUUUGAUUUUUCUAAUUAUUUCGUUUUAGUAAUGGAAUUAGGAGAUAUUGACCUAUAUAAAUAUAUUGAAUAGAAUAAAAAAACAUUAACAAUUUAGUAAAAGUAAUCAAUUUGUUUAUAAGUAUUAAAUUUAUUUUUAUUAGAUUUUAUAAUCAAUAGUCUUUUUACAUAAAUAAAAACUAGUUCAUAGGGAUAUCAAACCAGAAAAUUAUUUAUUUAUUGACCAAUAAGUUAAAUUAAUUGAUUUUGGAUUAAUUAAGUACUUCAAUGAAGAUGAAAAACGCAUGACCAAAUCUGUUGGUACAAAGCUUUUUCAAGCACCUGAAUUAAUUGAAGGAAAAUAAGAUUAUACAAUGUCUGUUGAUGUUUGGGCCAUGGCUUUUGUGUUUUAUGAAAUUAUUUAAGGAUAGAAAUUGCUUGAAAGUAAUUAAUCAAAAUUUUAAUAGCAAUAAAUACACAUGAGAUAGAAAAAUAAAUCUUAAAUCAUAAAUUAGAUCAAUCCUCAUUAUUCAAUAAAAUUGAGAGACUUAUGAUUUCUAACGAAUGGAAGCAAACAAUCAAAAGCAUGCUUCAUCCAGAUCCUUAUCAAAGAAUAACUGCAAAUGAUGCAUAAGAUUUGUUUAAAAAAAGUGAGAUAGUAUAACCAUCCGUCCAAGCAUAAUAAAAUCAAGGGCAAUUAAAUCAAUUCCAAUAAAAUCAAGGGCAAUUAAAUCUAUAACAAUAAAAUCAAGGGCAAUUAAAUCUAUAACAAUAAAAUCAAGGGCAAUUAAAUCUAUAACAAUAAAAUCAAGGGCAAUUAAAUCUAUAACAAUAAAAUCAAGGGCAAUUAAAUCUAUAACAAUAAAAUCAAGGGCAAUUAAAUCUAUAACAAUAAAAUCAAGGGCAAUUAAAUCUAUAACAAUAAAAUCAAGGGCAAUUAAAUCUAUAACAAUAAAAUCAAGGGCAAUUAAAUCUAUAACAAUAAAAUCAAGGGCAAUUAAAUCUAUAACAAUAAAAUCAAGGGCAAUUAAAUCUAUAACAAUAAAAUCAAGGGCAAUUAAAUCUAUAACAAUAAAAUCAAGGGCAAUUAAAUCUAUAACAAUAAAAUCAAGGGCAAUUAAAUCUAUAACAAUAAAAUCAAGGGCAAUUAAAUCUAUAACAAUAAAAUCAAGGGCAAUUAAAUCUAUAACAAUAAAAUCAAGGGCAAUUAAAUCUAUAACAAUAAAAUCAAGGGCAAUUAAAUCUAUAACAAUAAAAUCAAGGGCAAUUAAAUCUAUAACAAUAAAAUCAAGGGCAAUUAAAUCUAUAACAAUAAAAUCAAGGGCAAUUAAAUCUAUAACAAUAAAAUCAAGGGCAAUUAAAUCUAUAACAAUAAAAUCAAGGGCAAUUAAAUCUAUAACAAUAAAAUCAAGGGCAAUUAAAUCUAUAACAAUAAAAUCAAGGGCAAUUAAAUCUAUAACAAUAAAAUCAAGGGCAAUUAAAUCUAUAACAAUAAAAUCAAGGGCAAUUAAAUCUAUAACAAUAAAAUCAAGGGCAAUUAAAUCUAUAACAAUAAAAUCAAGGGCAAUUAAAUCUAUAACAAUAAAAUCAAGGGCAAUUAAAUCUAUAACAAUAAAAUCAAGGGCAAUUAAAUCUAUAACAAUAAAAUCAAGGGCAAUUAAAUCUAUAACAAUAAAAUCAAGGGCAAUUAAAUCUAUAACAAUAAAAUCAAGGGCAAUUAAAUCUAUAACAAUAAAAUCAAGGGCAAUUAAAUCUAUAACAAUAAAAUCAAGGGCAAUUAAAUCUAUAACAAUAAAAUCAAGGGCAAUUAAAUCUAUAACAAUAAAAUCAAGGGCAAUUAAAUCUAUAACAAUAAAAUCAAGGGCAAUUAAAUCUAUAACAAUCAAAUCAAGGGCAAUAGAAUUUAUUCCAAUAAUAUCAAUUCCAAUAAAAGCAAGGGCAAUAGAUUUUUUCUCUAUAAAAUCAAGGCCGAUUAACUCAAAAACAACAAAAUUCAGGGCAAUUAUCUUAGCACUAUUCAAGUACUAAAGACUUAGUAUAUUCGUUAAAUGAAACCAAGAAUUUCAUUUAAAUAUUAAAGAAUUCGAUAAAUAUCAAGUCACUAUAAUAAGAUAAAGAAUAAACCAUGUAAAUUAUUUUUUAAUUUGAAAAUUUGAUAGCCUAAGUUGAAAAGAAUUUGGGCAACUAAUAAUAAGUGAUGUAAACAAUAACUGAACAAUUAGCUUAAUAACUGAAGUAAUAACAUGCCAAUUAGGAUUAUGAUGCAAUUUAGAAUAAAAUAAAUAAAAACAACGAAUUAAUUAGUGAAAAAUUAAAAAUUAAAAAGGCUUUAGAAAAUUUGGAGAAAUCCAAAAAUUAACUCGAAUAAUAUAAGAAUUUAAAUUAUCAAUUAGAGGAAUUAAUAAAAGAGAAUUAAGAAGUAGAAAAACAAAUAUACUAUCAAGAUUAACUGAAAAAAAAAAUAUCAGAACUAACAAAAAAAAUUAAUGAAGAAAAGAAAUAUAUAGAUCAAAAUUAAAUUAGCAUUUUAGAAAAUGAAAUAAAAAUUUAUGAAACAGAAAAUUUAAAAUAAGAAACUUAAAAAUAAAAGUAUGAUAAAUUAUAGCAGGAAAUUCAAAAUCUCAAAAAUCAAAUAGAAAAAUCCAAUAAUGAAAUAUAAGCUGAUAAAUUCGAUUAGUUUUCUUCACUAUAUUCAAAUUUAUAAGAAGAAAAUUAAAAAUUAGAAAACAAAAAAAAUUAUUUUUUAUAAUUACCUAAUCAAAUACAAGAACUUUAAGAAAGUAUUUAAUAGUUCACAGCAAAAAUUUAGAUAGGACAAAAUUAUCAAAAUGAAUUGAAUUCUUUAAAAAAUGAAGAAUAAAUAUUAAAAGAAUAGUAAAUUGAUAUUGAAUAAUUAAAAAAAUAAAUAGAAGAAAAAAGAAAAGCAAUUGAAAACUUAAAAAUAUAAUAGUCGAUUUAAUAAUAAUAAUAGCAAUAGAAUAUAAAAUUAGAUUAAGAAUUAAAUAAAUUUAAGAUUUAUCAAAAUAAUAAAUAGUAAUAGUUAUUUUGA